AUGGCGGUCCAACAACCACCGCCGGCGGCUGUCCCUCCGUCACCCAACAGGCCACCCAUUUCCCUCCAGCCAUCCCAUAGAAGAGGCCCUUCCAAGUCCACCAAGCUCCUCCGCCGCUUCCGCUCCGUCUUCCGGUCCUUCCCGAUCAUCACUCCGGCAUGCAAGAUGCCCGUUCAGCUCCACGGGAGCCGCCAGGGGGACGGACACGUCCACGGCGGCACUCGAAUGACCGGAACCCUAUUCGGAUACCGGAAGACCAGAGUUAACCUAGCCAUCCAAGAAAACCCUAGGUGUCUCCCCAUUCUUCUUUUGGAGCUGGCCAUCCCCACCGGAAAGUUGCUCCAAGACAUGGGGACCGGGCUCGUCAGGAUCGCUCUCGAGUGUGAAAAGAACCCGUCGGAGAAGACGAAGAUCAUUGAGGAGCCGAUAUGGACGCUCUACUGCAACGGCAGGAAGUCAGGGUACGCCGUGAGGCGGGAGCCGACGGACGACGACCUCGGCGUCAUGCAGCUUCUUCAUGCAGUGUCUAUGGGGGCCGGCGUGCUGCCAAGCGACUCGAUGGCGGUGGCGGCGGAGCAGGCGGCGAUGGACGGGGAGCUGGCGUACUUGAGAGCACAUUUUGAGAGAGUUGUAGGGUCAAAGGACUCGGAGACUUACCACAUGAUGAGUCCGGAGGCUAACAAUGGCACUGAGCUCAGCAUAUUCUUCGUAAGGAUCUAA